GGUUCUAUGUGAUCAUGUUCUAUGGGAUUUUACAGCCUAGCGUCUCGUUAUCGAUCUCUUAAACGAUCGAUGGAAUAUUGUACACCGAAGAAUCUAUGGUCGUGGAAAAUACGUGCAACUUAAUAGAAGUGAAUGCACUUGAGGUUGUGGUGGUCUAUCAAUCACAUCUCGAGUUCAAACUCGAGUGAUCGUGGUAUGUGUGCCCCUCACCGAACAACUACACCACUCAUUUCUGCAGACUUGCUGAAUGACAAAGGAACUUCGAAGUUGCAAACGAGAUAGGGAAUUAUGGGGGUCCCUGCUUGAUACCGUAUGCAAGUGAAGCUUAGGUUACUAAUACAUUGACCGUUGAGUACUGAGAAUGAGUAGACGCUUUGGCUCGCGUCGGUUGGCUUCACAUGAACUUGUCAUAGGAAAGGCGGUUAAUACUGGAAGUCCAAACAACCAGGAACAUCCUAACAUCUCUUCCUCUUGAUGCGCUCUGAAUUCUCUUUUCUAAAUGCAACGCUUCCAGUCUUUCAUUUUCCUUUUACCAACCCUUUGUUGUUCUUCCUUAAUUGCCCUCAAACCAUCGCCACUCUUGCAUCGCCCGAAUUUUCUUUGAACUAUGCAGCCGGUUUUGCGUAAGCCAUUCUGAAGCUUGCCAGCUUGGAAGUUGUCUUGCCUGUGGCGUGAGCAACGAAUCGACUUUGGAACUUAUGGUGUAGCGUCCAUGAUGGACACAGUGGAGGACCUCUGGAUUCCAGUCAUAGUUGUGACAUGGGUUCGGUCUGAUUUGAUAAGUGAGAGAAUGAAUUUCUUAAUGAGUGGAGGGAAUUGAGUAGUCUACAUUUCUGACGGCGGCGAAGCUUAUGGGAAGAUCGUGCCUGCCGCCACACUUGGAGUAGCUGCAUCCGUGGUAGACGAUCACUCUAGGGGUAAAAGAGCCUGAAUUUGGUCUGCGGAGAAGAUUGCAAACCACCUUGAAUUAGGGCUCAGCAUGCUGUUUUCAUGUUGGCAGUUUACAGUGAGGCACGCGAUCAAGUCCACGCUUGGAAAUUGCAGGUUUCAAUUAGAAGGAAACAGAGUACUGCAUUACGAAUGCACAUGGAAUGUAUGAGGUGACUCAAGCCGUAGAAGUAUAUCAUCAUGCCGUUGCAGAAGACUGAAGGUCCAGUAUACAAUCCGAAUGCUAAGAAAGAUCCUUCACAGCAAGUUCAAAAAGAUCCUUCACAGCAAGGACAGAGAGAUCCGUACGAUGUUCUUGCAAAGAAAGCCCUUCAGAAAAGUGCCCAGCUGCCUGUGCGAAGUGAUGCCCCACCGAAUGCAAUUGAUCCCAAGAAGGAGACUAAAAUGGAUGUUAAGGACAAAAAGAGUAAACGAGUUGAUAGCAAAGUCAGCUCCAAAAAGAAGAAAACUGGACCAGAAGAGCGCGCAGUGCCACCUUGGAGUUUAGCAGGGUUCACAAUCUCACCCGAGGAGAUAGCCAGAUUCGAAUCAAACCCUGAGUCAUUGAAAGCUUUUGGAGGUAUUAAGGGUGUUGCUAAUAGCUUGAGAGUCGAUCCGGCUAAGGGAAUUGAAGGCUCUCCUGCUGACAUUAACUUACGGAAAGAUGCCUUCGGGCCAAACACAUAUCCAGUCAAGAAGGCUAAAAUAUUUUUGGCUUAUGUUUUGGAGACUUUUAGAGACGAGACACUGUUGAUAUUGGUAUGCUGCGCCAUUGUGUCGUUGGUUGUGGGAUUGACCACUGAGGGUUUGGCAACAGGCUGGUAUGAUGGAGGUGGUAUAAGCUUUGCAAUCGUCCUGGUGGUCAUGGUUUCAUCCGUCAGUGAUUAUCAACAGGCCCAACAGUUUCGACAGCUUAGUGCUCAGAAGCGGAAGAUCUUAAUCAAUGUAACCAGAGGUUCAAGGAGGAUGAAAGUUUCUAUUUUUGAUCUUGUGGUGGGUGACAUUGUACAGCUCAACAUUGGUGAUCAAAUACCUGCUGAUGGACUGCUGAUUGAAGGGCAUUCAAUGCUUGUGGAUGAAUCGAGUAUGACUGGUGAAAGUGAACCUAUGGCUAAGGAUGAAGAGGAGCGUCCCUUUAUGCUUUCAGGGUGUAAAGUAAUGGAUGGUUUUGGCGACAUGAUGGUUACAGCCGUAGGCAUGGCAACUGAGUGGGGGAAAUUGAUGGCGACCAUUAGUGAAGAUAACGAUGAGUUAACUCCUCUGCAGGAGCGCCUCAACAGCCUCGCUACGACUGUUGGCAAAGUUGGCGUCAGCUUUGCUGUUGUCGUCUUCAUUGUCCUCGUUUGCCGGUUCCUGGCGGUUGUUGAUUUCAAGAAUUUUUCUGGAAGUGAUGGAAAACAAUUUGUCGACUAUUUCGCAAUCGCAGUGACUAUUGUGGUGGUGGCUGUGCCGGAAGGACUGCCUCUUGCAGUAACUUUGACGUUAGCAUACUCAAUGGCAAAGAUGAUGGACGACCGAGCUUUGGUCAGACACUUGUCGGCAUGUGAGACUAUGGGUUCUGCAACAGCUAUCUGCAGUGACAAAACGGGAACUCUUACAAUGAACUUGAUGACGGUCGUAACCAAUUGGAUUUGUGGACAACUACGUACAUCCACUUCAAUCGACCAGGAGGUUAACACGCAAGUUACUGAGAUAAUCUUUCAAAGUGUCUGCCUCAACAGCAACGGAAAUGUGUUCUUUCCCAAGGGGGGGGGGCCUCCGGAGGUGAGUGGGAGCCCCACCGAACAAGCUGUGCUCUCUUGGGGAGUUAAGUUAGGUGCAAAGUUCGACGAAGUCAAGAAAAGUUGUACUGUGAAAGGAGUGGAGACCUUCAAUUCCACUAAGAAGAAAAUGGGAGUCUGCUUUAGUACACAAGAGGGGAAAACGUACGUGCAUUGGAAAGGGGCAGCUGAGAUCGUAUUGGAUUUUUGCUCUAAAAUACUUCAACCGGAUGGCACAAUGAUUCCACUUGAUCCUGAGAAGAUGGUUGAAUUGAAGUUGAUAAUUAGCAGUUUUGCAAACUCUGCGUUGCGUACCUUAUGCUUUGCUUAUAAGGAACUCACAUCUGAAGAGGUAGCGGGGUUGACUCCUGAAAGAAUUAAAGAAAAUGGGUUGCCUGAAGGAGAUCUUACGUGUAUAGCUAUAGUGGGAAUAAAAGACCCCUGCAGGCCUGGUGUUCCUGAGGCAGUAGCGAGAUGUCAGGCGGCGGGAAUCAAAGUCAGAAUGGUGACCGGAGACAACAUUCACACUGCGAAAGCUAUUGCAAUAGAGUGCGGAAUACUGACUCCUAAUGGCAUAGCUGUAGAAGGAAAGGAUUUUCGAGUCAUGACUGUUGAAGAACAGUGUGAGUUGCUGCCAAAUGUAGACGUUAUGGCAAGAUCCUCUCCUACUGACAAGCACACGCUUGUAAAAAGGUUGCUGGAGAUGGGAGAAAUAGUUGCAGUGACUGGGGAUGGUACAAAUGAUGCCCCAGCUUUACACGAGGCAUCAAUUGGACUGGCCAUGGGCAUUGCUGGUACAGAGGUGGCAAAGGAGAGCUCCGACAUUAUAAUUUUAGAUGAUAACUUUGCCUCCAUUGUUAAGGUAGUAAGAUGGGGAAGGUCAAUAUACGUGAACAUUCAAAAAUUUAUUCAGUUUCAGACUACAGUGAACGGAGUGGCAUUGUUGCUUAAUUUCAUCACAGCCUUAGCCAGCGGUGAGGCUCCUCUUACGGCUGUGCAGUUGCUGUGGGUGAACCUGAUCAUGGACACUUUGGGUGCGUUGGCUUUAGCUACAGAACCUCCAACGGAAAUCCUUAUGCAAAGACCACCUAUACCAUCCACGACUCCUCUGAUAACCAACGUCAUGUGGCGCAACAUCGUUGGUCAGACACUGUACCAGCUGUCUAUGUUGCUUGUGCUGCAUUUUAAAGGCUAUGAGAUUCUUGGUCUCCAUGACGAGACUUGGAAUCCAGUCACAGAGAAGACAGAAAGAGAGGAAGAGCUUCAGACUAUCAUUUUUAACGCCUUCGUGUUCUGUCAGGCUUUGAUUGUGGAAUUUGCAGGCGACUUUGCUUCCACAGUGGGAUUGAAUUGGCAAAUGUGGAUAUUAUGUGUAUGCUUGGGCCUACUCAGCAUGCCUUUCGCUGCUGCGGUAAAACUUAUUCCAGUACCAGAUGAACCAUUCCACACAUAUCUCUUCUUUUGGAGGGCACAAGAACACCAUAUCGUACUCAGCGAAGGGGGAGCUAUCACCGCGGUGCUGGUUGGGCAGAAGGGCAAUGAUGAGGGAGUCCAGUAUCCGGAAGGGACCAAAUUUUUGGAAGCUGUAAUUGGUGGAGAAACUGUGCGGGUGCCUAUGCCCACAUACCCGUCUCCUUACCCACCUCCAACUGAGCCAUUUUUCUCUAGGCUCAGGUAUGCCUUUUUCCCCAACACUCAUGCCAAGGCGCCCUCGGCGACACGCGCAGCCCAAGUACCCAAGCCUGGUGUAGCCUGGUCGGAUAAGAAAUAGCUUCGCUUUUAUACAUUCUGUACAAUUCAUGCAUUUUGGUGAAGCCGUUUCAGUCGUAGACAACCAUCAACCCUCAGUUGUGUUGCAUCUUCUCUCCAAGUUCCUCGGGCACCUCAGUUGACCACUCAUAUCGAGCACAUCCUCUCACAUCAACUUUUUUUGAAAGUCGUAGAUGUGAGACUGCAUUUUGUCUAAUCAUUUCAAACGAAAAUGUGGCGUCACAACGAGAGGCUUUGAGGUUACAUCACCAAGUAACUGUGGAUCUGAUUUCUGGCUGCAAUCAUGGUGUUGCAUUGUUUAUACAUGAGACCGGUGUCAGGCUGACACUCAGGUGGAAUGUUCUUCUCGCACCCCACAUGUUGUAGCAAAAGCGAACAUACUUGUGGUUUGGAAUAUACGGCAGGAAGUUCUUAAUUUGAGAAGAGCAGUCCGCAGGAACCAUGAACAUUAGUUCACAGGAAAGCAUUCUCUGGAAUUCUUAGAAUAUACCUAGUUACUGGAUGGCAAUGGAUCAGGAGUUCCUUCAGGAAUUUGUCUUAAAGAUUUUAGUGAUGUGAAGCCCUUAUCUAAUAACCUAGCCUACUACUACCUCAGCUCCAGACUCAAAUUUUUCUAUGUGCCUACGAAAGUUUUUAGUCUCAAAUCGUAUACCCGAAACGAUUUUUCUGAUCUGCUGCUGAAGUAAAACUCUACAGUUUUCUAGACUUCUACACAAUCUCCAGGUCAUUUGUGUAUUCUACUAUUACAACUUCUAAGUGAUGUCAUGAGCCAGCCUCUAA